GAUUUGAGUGUUUUCAUCCCAGCACCCAUGUCUCAGGGGAUGAGGAUGGACUUCUUCCUGGAAAGCCCCUUCAUGCCCAACAGAAUGAAACUGGACAGGGAGACUCUCGGGGGAUUGGCCGAUAUGUUUGGGCAGAUGCCAGGCGGUGGGAUUGGAACUGGCCCUGGGGUUAUUCAGGAUCGGUACUCUCCCACCAUGGGACGCCAUCGCACCAACCCGCUCUUCAACGGCCACAGUGGCCACGUCGCCCCCCCGCCACAGUCACAAUUCGACGUGGGGCAAAAGUCUUUCGUUAAGUCCAACCAGGUUCAGAACCAGCAUUUCCUCAACCAGAACCAGAACCACCUGGCCCAACAGCAAGUCCAGUCCAAGGACAUGCCUCCCCGAUUCAGCAAGAAAGGACAGCUCAAUGUAGACGAGAUCAGCCUCAGACCUGCCCAGUCAUUCCUCCUCAACAAGAACCAGGUACCCAAACUCCAGCUUCAGAUCCCCACCAUGAUGCCUCCCAGCGCCCAGCCCCCCCGCACUCAGACCCCCCCUCUGGGACAGCCCCAACAGCUCGGCCUGAAGACCAACCCUCCGCCCAUCCAAGAGAAACCUCAGAAGAUCAACAAGAAACCCCCGCCCACCAAGGAGGAACUGCUUAAAAUGACG